UACGGCAAGAACAAUAGAAACACAAGUUAUUUCUAGACACCUUCAUAUGUCAACUCCAAGACUUUUACAAAACAAACGCGAAUCCAAGGCCACACUACAUAUAUAAGCAUCAACCCCUAAUUAAUUUCAAGAGACACCAAAUUCAAAACCCCAAUCAAACAAGACCAAACCUCAUAUCUCAUUCCUCAACUUCAAUUUCUACGCAAUGAGCCGUCGUGCCGUCUUGCAAGUUUCCAAGUUGCUCGACAAACAGUCUCGAAACACAACGGCUAUAUUCAAUGGUGCUACCAAAAUUUCAAAAAACUCUACAUUCGCAAAUUAUGAAAUCUUUAGAGUAGCUCCAGUGCUCGGGGGUAGACAUCAGAACAACACGAUCAGCUCAGUAUCAGGGGAGACUAAAGAAGAAAAGACAAAAUUAGGGCUCGGUGGCGAAAAUGUAAAGAAUGAUCAAGGUGGCAAGAGCGUCGUUAGCAGCUAUUGGGGGGUGGCGACUCCUCAGGUGCGCAAGGCCGAUGGCUCGCCGUGGCGGUGGAACUGCUUUCGGCCAUGGGAGACGUACACUGCAGACACUACUAUUGAUGUAAAGAAGCACCAUGAAGCUAAGACGUUUAUGGACAAGUUUGCUUAUUGGACUGUCCAAUCUCUCAAAUACCCAACACACCUAUUUUUUCAGAGGCGGCACAUGUGCCACGCGAUGCUGCUGGAGACGGUGGCGGCGGUGCCGGGGAUGGUGGGGGGAAUGAUGCUCCACCUGAAAUCGCUGCGGCGGUUCGAGCAGAGCGGCGGAUGGAUCAAGGCGCUGCUGGAAGAAGCGGAGAAUGAGCGGAUGCAUCUGAUGACCUUCCUGGAACUGUCGCAGCCGAAAUGGACGGAGCGCGCCCUAGUUAUUGCGGUGCAGGGCGUCUUCUUCAACGCCUAUUUCGCCGCCUACCUGCUGUCGCCCAAGCUUGCCCACCGCAUCGUCGGAUACCUCGAGGAGGAGGCGGUCAAUUCCUACACCGACUUCCUCCACGAUCUGGAGAAGGGGAUCGUCCAGAAUCAGCCGGCGCCGGCCAUCGCCAUCGAUUACUGGCGCCUGCCGCCCAAUUCCACGCUCAAGGACGUCGUCACCGUCAUCCGAGCCGACGAGGCGCACCACCGUGACCUCAACCACUUCGCUUCGGUAACAAACUUUUCCGAUCUUCGUUUUUCAUUUUUUCUUCUUUGGAAUUCCAGAAUUUUGUGUUUGUGGAAUUCAAUACUUAGGGGGUGUGGGUGUAAAAUAGGCGAAUUAUUUUAAAAAAUAUUCGUAUUUUUAUAAUGGUUAUUUGAAUUUUGAGAAACAAUAAUUUUUAGAAAUUGAAGUAAAAAUUGACAUAAUUUUUUGUAAUGUUUUUUUGCAGGACAUACAAUGCCAAGGACAUGAGCUGAAGGAAUAUCCAGCUCCCCUGGGAUACCACUAAAAGCCAGCAACUAAAUUAGCCAAUUAUGUGUAAUUUAUAAGUUAAUUACAUUUGCUUAUGUUGUGACUUGUGAGAUUUGCUUAGAAUUACGUUAAUCAUUUUUAUUGUAAAUAUUGAAAUUUAUAAGAAUAGAUAGGGAUAUAUUUUAUUU